AUGGUCUUGCCCCACCACGAGUCUCGUGCCAAGGGGGGCAUGGCAAUUCUCAAAAGGACAGAGCACUUGAGCACUUUAUCCUUGUCGUUUGAUAUCUCGGGAAUGUUUAGGCUAUGCUUUGAAAACUCCAAUACAUCCUACAGUAUAAAAAUGGAAUCGAUUCUCCCAUAUGAAGUAGAAGGCCAUUGUUGUGCCUUUCACAAUGGCUACGUUUACAUCAUUGGCGGCUAUGACGGGAUUUCUGUCGUUGACACAAUAAUACGGUACAACGUUUCCGACGGGACCUCUGAGGUGAACUUGCCGUUUUUGCUUCACAUUGUGGUUCAGCAGCACAAUUUUCAGAUACUGCCGACACGACUGUCCACAGCUCGUGAAAAUCACGUCUGCGAAAUCAUUUUUGAUCGUUAUGUCGUCGUGAUGGCUGGCUGGGAUGGACAACAAGCGCUAGAUUCGGUUGAAAUAUUUGAAAUCAGUGAAGGAAGCCCAUAUUUGAUUCCAACGGGAAAUCAGUUCAACUUGUGCCAAGAAAAGGAAUCGUCCAGCUUCUAUUGCCAUAGAUUCGUA